CAAGUUAAGAACAAACCUACAGUCCCUAUCUUGUACGUAACCCGGGGACUGCCUGUAGUGCAGGAAGGCUAUGCAUCAUGUAGUACUGCACUUCAGAUUGCCAUGGAUGUGGCAGACACAGCUGCACGAGCCACUGCUACAGGUAUUGCCAUGAGAAGAUCAUCAUAGCUUUCCUCUGCAGGAUCCCCAAGAGAGCUCCAAAGCGAGGUCGAAGAUCUACCCUUUGACAAGCAUAAGCUCUUCACUGCCAACACCAACUAAGUCCUUCAUUCGGGCAAAGAUUCUCAGACCACCUUACAUACACUAGAGAUGUACAUGCCUCCCUUCAGGCAUAGACGCUACUACACUUAUCAACAAAGGUACAAUUACAAUUUCCAAAGGCAACAGCCUCAUGCCCUAGAGCGUCAGUAUUUCCAACAACGCUCUCAACGAAAGUGGUCCCAACAAAACCGUUUGUCCAAUCAAUUAUCGGCAAAGCAGCAGAUUUGACUUCCCUGUUGGAUGUAAACACAGUUUCCAUAGUCAACAUGGAAAACAAAUCUUUCCAUCUCUUUCACCAUCGUGCCCAAGCAGUUUUGGGGGAAAGGUUUUUACUCUCGAUACUUUCUCACCCCAAAGAAGACAGAAGGAUGGAGACCUAUCUUGGACCUUCGCAAAUUAAAUCGCUACCUUCAAAAGCAUCAUUUCAAGGUGGUGACCUUAACAACUUUAUUCUGUCAUUGAACAAAGGAAACUGGUUUGCAGUCUUUGACUUGCAAGAUGCUUACUUCCACAUUGCUAGUCAUGUGGCACACACAUGCUUUCUCCAAUUCCAGCUGGGAGACGAGCAUUUCCAGUACAGGCUACUACCCUUUGGCCUGGUGUGUACCUUCAGGGUUUUCACCAAAGCCUUAGCAGUAGUGGUGGCCCACUUACUCAGGACAAGGGUGAUGAUAUUCCCCACUUUAGACAAUUGCCUCUUCAGGGGCCACACGUAUAUGGAGGCAUGUCAGAUGGUAGCAACAGCGUCCAACGUAUUCGAAUCUCUGGGCCUUCUCAUAAAUGCAAAAAAAUCAUCACCGGUACUGUCUCAGGAUCUGAUCUUUAUAAGGGCAUGACUCGACUCAAAUGUGGCACGUGCUUACUUACAAAGGGAACAUUUUGCAGCAAUCCAGGAUCUUGUACACACCCUGAUGCAUGCUCCAACGAUUCCCACACGUAUUUGCUUACAACUAAUGGGCCACAUGGCUGCCUCCAUCAUCGUGGUACAAAACGCAAGGUUACAUUUUCACUGCCUCCAACAUUGGUUAGCCACGAUUUACAUUCCAGUGAAGCACAGCAUUCACAGACCAGUAGUGGAACCAUAGCACGUACAAGAGUCUCUUCAGUGGUGGACCGAGCCAAACAAUCUCUUGGCAGGCAUCCCAUUCCAUCGCCCACAAACUACAAAGCAAAUAACCACAGAUGCUUCCCUUACCGGCUAAGGAGCACACAUGGGCAACCUUACAGUCCAAGGUCACUGGUCUACACAGGAAAUGUUGUUGAAUAUCAAUGUACUCGAGCUAUAGUCAGUAUGGCAUACUUGCAAACAAUUUCAGUCCCAGAUAAGAAAUAUGAUGACCAGAGUCCUAACGGACAACACUGCAACCGUGUUUUACAUCAACAGGCAGGGGGUGCCCAAUCUCAUUCUCUCUGUGUGGAGAGCAUCUGGUUAUGGAACUGGUGUAUCCACAACAACACAGUUCUAACAGCCUCCUAUCUUCCAGGGGCCAACAACACUCAGCAGGCAAUUUCCCCACAAUCACAAACGGGAGAUCCGCAUGGACAUUCUGAAUUGUAUAUUUGCCCGGUGGGGGUUUCAGACAAUAGACUUGUUUGCAACGGAAAACAACACAAAGUGUCCCAGCUAUUGUUCCAGAGCGGGAAUAGGAUGUCGCUCAUUGGGGGAUACUUUCCUUCUCCAUUGGGGAAGGUCACUGUGAUACACCUUUCCCCCAGUGGUUCAAAUGCCCAAGAUCCUCGAGAAGAUCAAUAUGGAAAUGGCUCAAGUAAUUCUUAUAGUCCCAGCGUGGGCUUGCCAACCUUGGUAUUCAGUGCUCCAUCAGAUGUUGGGAAAGGACACCAUACACCCUGCCUCUUCUCCCGAAUCUUCUGACCCAGGACAACAGAUCACUGAGCCACCCAAGACCCGAGAUCCUGCACCUCACGGCAUGGAUGUUGGUUGGUUCAACGAUUCCGAACAACUCUGUUCACAAUGGGUCAAGCAAGUGUCAAUGCACAGUAGAAAGGAUUUUACAUGGGUAACAUAUACAGCUAAAUGGACCAGAUUCCGGGCAUGAUGUGCGAGCAAUAAUCUAGACCCCCCCCACUCUGCAACCUUAUCUCAUGAACUGGAUUACAUCCUACAGCUCCAUGACAACAGACAGGCAAUAGCCUCUUUACGGGUACAUUUAGCAGCAAUUAGCGCUUUUCACCAUAUGGACGAGCGAUUCUCCUUAUUCGCUCACCCCACUACAGAAAGGUUUCUGAAAGGGCUCACAAACUUUGAUCCACCGUGGAGGCCACCUCCACCCUCGUGGAACCUGGACCUAGUUUUGAAGACUUUGACUUGCCCUCCCUUUGAACCCCUAGCCACAAUACCAUUACACAUACUCAGGGCUCGACAAAUACACUCGCCUGCUUGCCCGUGGAAUUUAUGCCAUUAAAA